AGCAAUGGAGAAGAAGGAUGCAAUUUUCGAUAGAGUUCUAGAUUCCAUCGGUAGCGAUGGAAAGUUCCAACAUCGCUUUAAUUAUCUCUACAAUGUAUUUUUCGCUGUGGUGGCAGCAAUGCCUUGUAUGAAUAUCAUUUUAGCAAUGUCAGUUCCUGAUCACUGGUGCCAUGUACCAGGACGGGAAAACACCAACUAUACAUUGGAAGAAUGGAAAAGACUCACAUUACCUGUGUCUGUAGACACAAGAGGCCUUGAAACGCUGAGUUCGUGCGAGAUGUACAACGCGUCGGACUGGACAGACAGUUCUGAAGUUCAGAAUUCUCCAAUAACGGAAUGUCAACACGGCUAUGAAUAUGAUAAGACGUGGUUCGACCUGACUGUGACGUCGCAAGAAGACUGGGUCUGCGACAAGGAACUGCGUGUGACGAACACGUUCGUCAUUGCUAGAAUCGGGGAAAUGAUCGGAGCUUUUGUCUUCGGCCAACUAGGAGACACAUUAGGCAGAAGACCUGUAUUUUACAUGAGUUUAGUUCUGAUAAUAACGGGGAAAAUAAUUAACUUAUUCUUAACGAGAUGGUAUUCUUGGUACAGUUUUGGUGCACUUAUCGGAGCACUAACACAAAUGCCUUUAUUCCAGACCGUUAUGGUUAUUGGAAUGGAGAUAUCAAAAAGUGAGGAUAAUUCGCAUAUAGCAAUGUUGCAAAACGUUGGAUGGACAGUUGGAAUAUGUCUAAUGCCAUUAGUAAUGUGGUGGCUGAGAAAUUGGUUCUACUUUGUAAUAGCAACGUCAUUGCCUUUUGCUAUGUUUCUGAUAAGCAACAAAUAUAUGAUUGAAUCCCCGCGCUGGUUGGCAAGUCGAGGAAAAAUGGUACAAUGUGAAAAAAUGUUAAGAAGAAUCGCUAAAGUUAAUGGCACUACAUUAAACGAUGAUGCAUUGGAAAUGCUGAAAAUACAUUCCAGUAACCCCGAGAAAAUAUAUGGGGUUAUGAGUUUGUUUUCAAGUUGGAGAUUAGCAAGAAAUACUAUUAUGAUUGUUACAUGCUGGAUCGUGGGCGGUCUUAGUUAUUUUUUGUUGAUUCUGAAUGUAAACAAUAUGGACGGAAAUCCAUUCUUAAAUUAUUUAUACCAGGGUCUAGUCGAGAUGCCGGCAUAUAUAUUUGGAAAAUGGGCCACCAAUAAUAUUGGAAGAAGAUGGACAGCGGUCAUGGCCUUCUCUGUUGCAUUUAUUGUAUCGUUGCCAUUACUUCAUACGACAUUAGAUCCGGAACUACAUAUUUAUACUAGUGUUCUAACAGUGCUUAUAAAAUUCUGCAUAAGCACAUCAUUUUAUGUGAUGAUGGUACAAGGCGUUGAAAUUUACCCAACAUGCUUGAGACAAACUGGGAUUGCCUUGGGAGUACUAUCAGGCAAUGCUCUCGGAGUUGUUGGACCAUAUGUCGUAUACUUGGGAACUGCUUACGACGCUCGAUACCCAUAUCUGAUCUUAAGUUUACUCAUGUUAAUUGGACUGACUGCCCAAUUACUUUCACCUGAAACAUUACAUCAGAAACUACCCGAAACAUUAGCCGACGCCCAAGUUUUUGGUUCAGAUCAAAAAUUUUGGGCAUUGCCAAAGAAAAAUAAUCACGAUAUCCUUCUUCAAGAUGAAAAAAUGAAGAUAUCAUAUCCUUAAAAAACAAAUGUAAAUUUAUGAGAAAAUGAGGAAUGCUUAUGGAUAUUUUGAGUGAUUUGUGAUGAUUAAUAUUUAACUAUUAG